AUGUCUUCUGAGUCAAACCAGGUCUUCACGCUUGUCUCUCGCCACUUCUCCUUCCUCCCGCUCUCUCUCAGUCGGUACAAGCGCCAAUGGUUUCUUACUUACCCUCGUGCAUAUGGCAUGGUCGCCUACCCAGGCCAACGUAUAUUCUGCACUUUGAACACCCCUGACUCCACUGUCGACUCCACCUACGCUUCCCGACACUUCUGGCUCAAUGCCACCUUCAAAUCUGAACCAUACAAUCCUGACAGCGAUGGAGACAAGAAGUUCGUCGGAUCUCCUAUCCACAUGUUACUCGACUCUGAAAACCAAGGCGUGAGACUCACGGGCCGCAUGCGAACUGAAUCCUCGAACUACCCUCCGGAGCAUGGGAAAGACAUCGUGUGCUACGAAGUGGAGGUGUUGUUCCCGGACGAGGGAUUGCUUCGACAAUGCUAUUAUUGUCUGUGUUGGGAAGCGUGUGGUCCAAUCAGACGGUUUAGUCAGUAUGGGGACGAUACUUUUUGGUGUGAAGAGUGCGAAAAGCGGGGCCAAACUGCUUCCUUCUUCAGUGGUUUCGCAGAGAAGAUGUACUAUGAUAGUAUUGCUUCGAAGUUUAUCCACGGGUCCCAGCCCCGUGAUAGUCUAUACCAUUAG